GUGGGGAGAGGCCUAAGCGAGAGGGGCGUGGCCUAGGCUGUGGGGCGUGACGGUGGGGGCGUGGCUAUGAUGGCCCCCCGCACUAGCGGCAGGUCCCGGGACUAGAGCUAGCCGCCAAGGUUCGCGCUCUGGAGAAACGCUAAGGUCAUUAGGUUCCUGCACGUUAUUUCGGGCCUGAUCAAGAUUUCAAGCUAAACAUGGUGGUGAUGAAUAUCCUCAGGGCCAUUCUGCAAGCCUCUCCAUGCAGGUCACCGUGGAGAAGAUUCCAGAUCCCCAGCUCCGUGCCGGCGAGGCCCUGCAGCCUCUACACCUGCACGUACAAAACCCGGAACCGAGCCUUGCACCCGCUCUGGGAGAGCGUGGACCUGGUCCCGGCGGGCGAGCGCCAGUCGCCCAUCAACAUCCGGUGGAGGGACAGUGUCUAUGAUCCUGGCUUAAAACCGCUCACCAUCGCUUACGACCCGACCACCUGCCUCCACGUCUGGAAUAACGGGUACUCCUUCCUCGUGGAAUUUGAAGAUUCUACAGAUAAAUCAGUGAUCGAGGGAGGACCCCUGGAACACAACUACCGACUGAAGCAAUUCCAUUUUCACUGGGGGGCCAUUGAUGCCUGGGGCUCCGAGCACACUGUGGACAGCAAAUGUUACCCGGCAGAGCUGCACUUGGUACAUUGGAAUGCAGUCAAAUUUGAAAACUUUGAGGAUGCAGCACUGGAAGAAAAUGGUUUGGCUGUGAUAGGAGUAUUUUUAAAGCUAGGAAAACAUCACAAAGAGCUGCAGAAAUUGGUGGAUACUUUGCCAUCCAUCAAGCAUAAGGACACCCUUGUGGAAUUUGGGUCAUUUGAUCCUUCCUGCCUGAUGCCCGCCUGCCCAGAUUACUGGACCUACUCGGGGUCCCUGACUACCCCGCCCCUCUCCGAGUCUGUCACCUGGAUCAUUAAGAAGCAGCCCGUAGAGGUUGAUCAUGAUCAGCUUGAGCAGUUUCGGACCCUGCUCUUCACUUCGGAGGGGGAGAAAGAGAAAAGAAUGGUGGACAAUUUCCGCCCCCUUCAGCCCCUAAUGAAUCGCACUGUCCGCUCUUCCUUCCGUCACGAUUAUGUACUGAAUAUACAAGCGAAACCCCAGCCUUCAACUAGCCAAGCAACUCCCUAAGACACAUAUCUAGGCAGUACUUUGCUUUAAUGAAUACAUACUAGCUUUUUAGAGAUUGCUGAUUGGACUGUUCUAAACGCCUACAUUUAAUAAUAAUUGUAGAUGCGCAUUUCUUGGUGUGGCAGUGCUCCUUCAGUCUUUGAAGAAAGCUCUUUGGUAAAGAAGUUCUUAACUUUUAUUGAUAAUGAUGUUUAACACUGACGUGGCAGUAAGAGACACAAGUUUGUCCUUCAGCAACCUGUUGGUAAUCGUAAUGUCUUUUUAUGUCCUAUAUUUCUGAGUUGUCUUAUGUUUAUUAGUUGUCUUUUUAUGUUUAUUAGUUAGUAACUCUAUAGAGUUGUAAGUAGUGAUGGUAAUCAAAAUAUUUAACACUGGUAAGGUGCAGACACUGACCAUCCAGAAUGCAGGCUUUUCAGAAAUGGCCCCAGCGCCCAAACUGGUACUUCCUGGCUAGCUGAACAUUGGCCAUGGUUUUAGGGAUAUUUUACUUCAAAAUCUGAAUGGAUAUUCUUUUCUAAAGCCUUCUCAACAACUAUAUUUGCCUGAUCUUUAGUUGUUAUCCCUAGUACAUGACAUGCUUACUAUCAAUUUAUGACAUAGAAGAAAAGGGGAAUCCUUUUGCACUUCUGAAGAUCAAAUAUUUUACCUCAAGACCUGAUCAUAUAGAAAGCAUAUACAGAGCAUUUUAAAGAAAAUGCUUGAAGUUCCUAAAAUUUAAAAUUCUUUCAUGCUUUAUUUACAGACAUCGUUUUCAAAAGACUAGUAAUAUAAUAGUCUAUAGUCUAUAGUGUUAUUUUGCAUUGUUUGUACACUGUUUCAUAGAAUAUAAUAUUUUCCACAAUGACAGAACUAUCAUGGCUUUCCUUGAGAACUGCCUGACCUUUAUUUCAUGAGUUGAGGUUCUGUGCAAGGCAGGUGCUCAACAUAAAUCUCCCAGUUAAUAUAAUGGUUUAAAUGACUUCUGCUACAGUAAUAAGGAGAGAAAAUUAACAGGCUAAAAUCUAGAGAAUUCUACGUAUUUGGGGGAAUCCAUGCCAUUGUUGCCUUUGCUUGUAAAUACCUUGGAAUGUUUCUAGUUGCCUAUAAGCCUGUGUUCAAACUCAAUAUUGAAUUUACUAGUGGUCUUUCUUUCAUUAGUAUGCUAGUCAUCUGAUCUGCAAGGUAGGGUUGGAUGAGUAGACUUGACACUACUAAACUAUACACUGAAAAAGUUUAAGAUGGUAAAUUUUAUGUGUAUCUUACCACAGUUAAAAAUAAAUAAUACAUUCAGUAGAA